GAGGGUGUUGUAUAUGAGGAAAGUGAAAGUAUAGAGGAAAACAAAAGUGUAGAGUUUGAGGAAAACAAAAGUAUAGGGUUUGAGGAAAACAAAAGUGUAGGGUUUGAGAAAAACAAAAGUGUAGGGUUUGAGGAAAAUGAAAGUGUAGGGUUUGGGAAAAACGAAGCCAC